CAUUCCUCGACGGAGAAGGCGGAGUCGUUAUGUUUCCUGGAAUCGAACCCUUAAACCCCCUCCUCCUUCCGGCCCAGAAGCUCACCCUCGGCUGCCCCGUCCUCGACCGGCUCCUCCGCGGCGGCCUCCCCGUCGGUUCCGUCACCGAGAUCGCCGGCGAGAGUGCCGCCGGCAAGACCCAGCUCUGCCUCCAGCUCCUCCUCGCAGCCCUCCUCCCCCCCUCCCGCGGCGGCCUCUCCGCCGCCUCCCUCUUCAUCCACUCCGAGUUCCCGUUCCCGAUUCGCCGCCUCCACGCCCUCUCCUCGUCGUCCUCGGCCGCCGACCCUCUCGGCCACAUCUUCGUCGCCGCCGCCCACUCCCCCGACGACCUCCUAUCCCUCCUCGCCACCGCCGACGGCCUCCUCGCUCGUCCCCCCACCCACCUCCCCGUCAGGCUCAUCGUGGUCGACUCCAUCGCUGCCCUCUUCCGCUCCGACUUCGAUAAUAACCCUAAAGACCUAAAGAAGCGAUCCUUCCUGUUCUUCAAGAUCGCAGCCAAGCUCAAGGAGCAAGCAAGGCGAUUCGGGUCGGUGGCGGUCGUGACCAACCAGGUCGUCGAUGUCGUCGGCUCCGAGGAAGGAGCCAAUGGGCAGAGGGUGGGGAAUUACGCUUCUCUGUGGUCUUCGGGGAGGCGGGUUUGCCCGGCUUUAGGGCUCUCUUGGGCGAAUUGCGUAAAUACUAGACUCUUCUUAUCGAGGAAGGACGAGAUUGCGGACGACGCUGGCUCAUCGAGAACUAGGAGGUGGAUGCAGGUUGUGUUUGCGCCACACUUGCCCGAGGCUUCUUGCGAGUUUGUGAUCGUCAGAGAAGGGGUGUCUGGUAUCGAGCCGCAAAGAGUCGCCGGACGAUGAUAGCCGGACUUGCCACCAGCAAAAGUCUUGCCAUGACAUCUCUGGAUCUGACCUCCAUCGCAUUACAAGGA